AUGGAGACUUACUACGGACACGUCCGCACCCCGGCGGACGCAAUAAUCUUAUUUGAGGCCUGUCGCAUGGGCUUAUUACCCCGGGUACAACGACGACUUUCAGAAAAGGAACGUCAAUCAAUUCGAUCAGGCUCAGUAUUCGUCUGGGAUGAGCGGGAAGCAGGCAUGCGCCGAUGGACAGACGGCAAAUCAUGGAGUGCGAGCCGCGUUUCAGGCAGCUUUCUAACAUAUCGGGAGAUGGAAGGCAAACGUGGCGGUGGUAGCGUUUCACAGAAUUCCGUACCAAGAUCCGGCAAAACACCAGAGAGCAGAGGUAGCGAUGACGACCGCGAUGGAACUGAUGAAGGUCCAGACGGUUACCGAUAUAAGCCCGAUGGGUUGAUGAAACAGUCUUUCAGUAUCACAACAUCAACCGGUCAACAUCUUCAUUUAAUAAGCUACUACGCUCGCGCUCACUCGUCUGCCCUGGCUCUCCAACAACCUACCACCGACCCAGCACUACGUCACGUUCGUCCCCAAAAAGGCCUAUACCCAGAGUCAACAGUCAACGAUCAACAAAAUCUCCCCGUUGUAACUCGAGGUCCCAUGGCCGGUGCAGCUUACCCAAUUACUCCCCAUCCACCCAUGGGCGCAUACCCCCCUCGCGCCACCCAUGCGCCAUCAUAUGCACCUUCAUAUACAUGGGGACCACCAACACCACUCCCAACACCCCCAAGCGUCUCAGUCCACUACGGUCCCGCAUACAUCCCAGCCGUCUCAGGACCAAAUGGCGCGCCCCAAUAUGGUCAACCACCUCACCAACCACCUCACCAACCGCCUCCUCACCUCUCUCAACACCAUGGACAUGGAUUACCACCACCACCACCUCCUCCCCACGGUAUUCCCAUGUAUGAACGCCCACACCAUGAAUCCGCCCACCCCGCCGGUCCACCCCCAGCCGGCCCACCAGGCUAUCCAGGCCGCUCACCACAGAUGCGCGAACACAUGGAGCGAGGAAGCCCCCGCGGCUACGGUCAACCGAUGGGCGAUCCCCGUCUUGCAUCUCCGCGCGUCGUCUCAGCACCCGGCAUCCCACAACCAAACGGCAUCACAAAAAGUCCUCACAUACUCAAACAGACUUCCCCAUCGGUACAUCAGCUCGUUCCCAUCGGCACACCUCCAAAGCAAACAGAACAGGGCCCCGCCGGUGCUGUCCCUGGUAUCGGCUCUCUAAUGGCCUCCGCAUCGCUUGCACCAAUGACAGCAGCUGGUCAUCCCGCUGGCUCAGGGAGCCCGGGAGCAGGUACUCCCCGCCCCGGUGUAUCAGGCGAAGGACCACGAGACAUUCCAAAUGAAAAGAUCGGCUUUGUAGGAGAAGAUAUGCGUGCACUGCGCCAGUUGGACAGAGUGUUCACAGCCUAA